ACUUAUCAACAGGUGAAAUGUAUUUUCAUCAUUCCUCUGCUUAUCCCUGCAGUGUGGAUCAUGGUGGAGAGUGCUGGAUCAAACCUGGCCUUAGGAAAUAUGCCUGUGAGCUCACACUGGACCCAAACACAGCAUACAGAAACCUCUCUCUGUCUGAGGAGAACAGAAAGGUGACAUGGAGGAGAGAGCAGCAGCCGUAUCCUGAUCACGCAGAGAGAUUUGAGUACCAUCCACAGGUGCUGUGUAGAGAGGGUCUGUCUGGGCGCUGUUACUGGGAGGCAGAGUGGAGUGGAGGAGGGGUUUCUAUAGCAGUGACAUAUAAAGGAAUCAGCAGGAGAGGAGAGGGUUAUGACUAUUUGCUUGGACACAAUAACAAGUCCUGGAGUCUGUACUGUGGUAAUAACAGUUACUAUGCCAGGCACAAUAAGAAGAACACUGCCAUACCUGCCCCCCCCUCCAGCUCCCACAGAUUAGGAGUGUAUCUGGACUGGCCCGCCGGCACUCUGUCCAUCUACACAGUCUCCUCUGACACACUGACCCACCUGCACACAUUCCACAGCACAUUCACUGAGCCCCUCUAUCCUGGGUUCUAUGUUCAUUAUGACACCUCAGUGUCCCUGUGUCAGGUAGAAUAGCCCACACACACUCUCACACACUGUGCUCACAUAGAUGUCAUUGAAGAUUGAACUGUAGACAGUUGGAAUUGAUAUCCCAGAGUGUUUGUAAAUAUUGGUGUGUGUAGAAUGUUUUGUUUUAAUUGUCCAAUCCUGUUGUUUGUCAACAGGUAGUAGUGUCUUACUGACUAAAUAAGUGUCUAAAUAGUGUCUUACUGACUAAAUAAGGAGAAAUAAAGAUGUUUUAUACA